CUUGAAGCGGUCAAGAAAGUUUCAGCCUGAAGAUAGACUCUUUUCAUUAUCUUCAGUAACCUCGCCUGCGGCUGAAGAUCUAGCAACUGGACGAGAUGAUGGGAGACCGGAUUUCGGUCCUGGUCGUUCAAAAGGUGGUGGAAUUUAUGCAAAUGGCCAGGGUAAACCAAAGAAGGGAAGAGGUGGUCCAAGGGACGCAAAGAGAUUAAGGCCUUCAACUGAACAAGAUUUUGAUUAUGAAGAUGAUCCUGAUUUGACAUUAUGAUUGAAAAUGUUGGUGCUAGUUUCUGUUCACAAGAUCCUUGGAGCAAUCUUGUUUUGAUCCUAAUGUCUCAUUACAUUUUGUGUACAUAUUGUACUCUUGUUGUACAUGUUUAGCUACCCCAAAGUUAUGGAAUUUAUUAUAAUAAAGCCCUUGUACUCAUGUUGUACAUGUAUUGUUACCACGUAUCUGGUUCAAGUGAAUGUCUCUGUGCACAUGUUAGUUUUCUU